GCUGGCAAAGCUUGCGUUCUCACAGUUGCCACAGAAAGCUCUAGAAAAUGGAUGCCUGUCACUGCUCUUAGCAAUUAGACGAGGCAGAGGGAAAGCAGGCAAUCCGAAGCGAUUGUCCUAGCUCUACAGAGAACAUGUACAUGUUGCCUUGUCAGUGAAGGCUUAAAGAAGAAGUGGAGUGUGAUUCGGAGUGUGUUUUUGAUGGCGGAUGGCAGCAGCAGCCCUCCCUGCAUUGCAGCAGUGGAUCAGAGCAGAGCGGAGAGAGCAGGGAGAGCCAGCGUGCCACACAGCACCGAGCGCCCAAUCACACGCCUCCGUGUGGCUCUCAAACCAAUCGGCAGCCCACAGCUGAGGUUAAAGAUUGACAAUUGCACCGAGAGCGGCAGGGAGAGAGAGCAAGGCCCUUCUGGAAAAUUCUGCACCCAUCUUUGUCUCAUCCCUUACCAGCUAUUAUAAUUGAAGGGGGGGAAAAAAUAAAAAAAAACAAGGCCCUGCCUGAAGAACCUGUUCACUGUGCACAUAAAGAAAAAUAAGUUUAGCAGAAGAGGAAGUGAAGACAGAGUCGGAUGUGAAUGAAGGAAUGGAGAUUGCCACACGAUCCAAAGUGUCUGAUCCAGGGUCAGUGGAGCGCACCGCCCCAAAGCGCAAAGCACCCAGCCCACCGCAUUCAUCCAAUGGACACUCUCCUUCAGAAACUUCUCCUAGCCCAGUCAAAAAGAAGAAGAAACCGGGAGCGGUCAACAGCAGCAAAGAUCAGUCCGAACUAAGACAUGGUCCCUUUUACUAUGUGAAGCAGCCCGCACUCACCACAGACCCUGUUGAUGUUGUACCGCAGGACGGCAGGAAUGACUUCUAUUGCUGGGUGUGCCACCGCGAGGGCCAGGUGCUCUGCUGUGAGCUCUGCCCACGCGUCUACCAUGCCAAGUGUCUCAAACUGGCUGCUGAGCCUGAAGGCGACUGGUUCUGUCCCGAGUGUGAGAAAAUAACCGUUGCAGAGUGCAUUGAGACCCAGAGCAAGGCAAUGACCAUGCUCACACUGGACCAGCUGUCUUACCUUCUCAAGUUCGCCCUCCAGAAGAUGAAACAGCCGGGUACAGAACCGUUUCAGAAGCCAGUGUGUCUUGAGCAGCAUCCGGAUUACGCAGAGUAUAUUUUUCAUCCCAUGGAUCUCUGUACGUUAGAAAAGAAUAUCAAAAAGAAAAUGUACGGCUCUACCGAAGCUUUCCUGGCUGACGUGAAGUGGAUUUUGCACAACUGCAUCAUUUACAAUGGAGGUAACCAUAAGCUCACCACAACAGCCAAAGUUAUCAUAAAAAUCUGUGAACAUGAAAUGAAUGAAAUCGAGGUCUGUCCAGAGUGCUACCUUUCAGCCUGCCAAAAGAGGGACAACUGGUUUUGUGAGCCGUGUAGUAACCCUCAUCCCCUAGUGUGGGCCAAACUUAAGGGCUUUCCAUUCUGGCCUGCCAAAGCUCUACGAGACAAAGACGGACAAGUAGAUGCUCGAUUCUUUGGACAGCAUGAUAGAGCCUGGGUCCCAAUCAAUAACUGCUACCUCAUGUCUAAAGAGAUUCCUUUCUCUGUAAAGAAGACCAAAAGCAUCUUCAACAGUGCCAUGCAGGAGAUGGAGGUCUAUGUGGAGAACAUUCGUAAAAAAUUUGGCGUCUUCAAUUACGCCCCGUUCCGCACACCCUACACGCCGGACAACCAGUUCCAAAUGCUACUUGACCCAGCAAACCCUGGGGCUGGCUCGGUCAAACCUGAAAAACAGGAGAAGGCCAAGUUCAGCGUUGAUAUGACAGCAGCACACGUAGGCAAGGGCAUGUUGUCGGCCGGGAUGUGUGGUGGAGGGGCUACUGGUAGGCGGAUCUCUAUGCCGGACAUACCGCGAUCACCAAUGAGCACUAACUCUUCUGCUCAUACCGGCUCUGAUGGCGAGCAGGAGGGUGGAGAAAAGAGCCAGACCAGAUCACUUCUGCAACACCACAGCACAGGAGAAGAGUCUCUCGACAGCACAGCAUCCCCCGCUGCUCCGCGAGCUGGUCCUGCAGGCAGCACCAUGGACAGCCCCAAACCAUUUCACUCUACAGCCCCAAACACACCUGUUAAACAGGAGAAGACCCCCGGCACAGGCAGCAUCUUAAACCUUAACCUUGACCGCAGUAAGGCCGAGAUGGACCUAAAGGAGCUGAGCGAGACGGUUCAGCAGCAGCAGGGCGCUCAGGCCUCACUCACUUCCCCUAAAAGGCAGAUCAGGAGCCGCUUCCAGCUCAACCUUGACAAGACCAUUGAGAGCUGCAAAGCACAGCUGGGUAUAGAUGAGAUAUCAGAGGAUGUGUACAAAGAUGAGGAGCACAGCGACUCGGACGACUCUGACAAGUCUGACUCCAGUGACAGCGAGUACGCCAGUGAUAACGACCAAAAACCAAAGAGCACCAAGGACUCUGCUGCUGCUGAAAAAACAGAGAAAGAACUAUCUAAAAAGAAGCCCAAACCGCCAUCCCCUGCUGGCGAAGACAAGGACAGCAGCACAGAAUCCUCUGGUACAUCUAGCUCAAUGACCAAAGGUGAGAUCGUGCAGAAAGUAGGAAGCAGCGUCUCUCAAGCAAAAGAGAAGCCAGCCGCUGAGACCGACAAAGAAGUGCCUAAAGCAGCACCAGCAUCUCCCGGUACAAGAGACAAAUCCAAGGUAGCAGAGGAAGCCAGGCAGCCUGUGUCUGUCGACGUAGACAUGGACUCCGACUCAGAGCGAGAGCUGGUGAUCGAUUUGGGAGAGGAACCUGGAGGAAGAGAGAGGAAGAGGCGCAGGAAAGACUCAGUCGCCGUCACCGCACUCAAAGAGCCCACAGCCUCCAAGACAGAGGCUAAAUUACCUCCCGCAGGAAGUCUUGCUCCAUCUCAAACCCCUUCAGCACCCUCUUCCACUCCAGGCCUCAAAGACCCCUCGCAGUCUCCCAUGGCAGUUCCUCUAAACGUAGUCACCAUCCCUGCUGUCCCUAGCAGCGCAGCCAUCGUCUCUUCGUCUCUGCCUAACUCAGCUCCUCCUACAGCCCUGCCCUCCUCCACCCCCACCAGCACAGUGAAGAAACAGCGUCCCCUGCUGCCCCGCGAGAGUGUCCCGGUGGUGCAGCGGGCGGUUGUGUGGAACCCUGGUGCCAAGUUUCAGACGUCGUCUCAGAAGUGGCACAUGCAGAAGGUUCAGCGGCAGCAGCAGAGCCACACGCAGCCUCACGCUCCGGCACAGACGUUACCGCAAGCACAGCAGGCGUCAUCUUCACCGUCUUCUUCCACUUCCAGCACUCGAUAUCAAACGCGACAGGCUGUCAAGGCUGUGCAGCAGAAAGAUUCCCCACACAGCACCUCGACCUCGGCGGUCACUCUGGUCACCAGCACCCCUGUGUCUGCAGCCAUAAUGGCAGGUGUCACGGUUAGCUCUUCCUCCUCGUCCUCAUCCUCCUCCAUGGCUGGAGAUCUACAAAUCCCCACCACCUCUGCCGACGUGGCAGCUGACAUCGCUAAAUAUACCAACAAAAUCAUGGAUGCAAUCAAGGGGACAAUGACCGAAAUAUACAAUGAUCUCUCCAAGAGCACCUCAGGAAACACAAUAGCUGAAAUUAGGCGGUUACGGAUUGAAAUCGAAAAGCUGCAGUGGCUCCAUCAACAGGAAUUAUCAGAGAUGAAACACAAUUUAGAGCUGACCAUGGCAGAGAUGCGGCAGAGUCUGGAGCAGGAGCGAGAGCGGCUGGUCGCAGAAGUGAAGAAGCAAAUGGAGAUGGAGAAACAGCAGGCUGUUGACGAGACCAAGAAGAAGCAGUGGUGUGCCAACUGUAAGAAAGAGGCCAUUUUCUAUUGCUGCUGGAACACAAGCUACUGUGACUACCCCUGCCAGCAAGCACACUGGCCAGAACACAUGAAAUCCUGCACGCAGUCAGCAACAUCGUCACAGCAAGAGCCAGACACAGAGUCAAACACAGACGGCAUUACUAAGGUUUCUGGCCAUCCGAACAGCAGUCAGGACUCGCCUCGAGAGACUGCAGGAGCUCCUCCGACAGACAAGGGCAGCGAUGUGGACAAAUCGAAGGACAGUGUCACUGUCAGUAUGUCCUAGCUCAAGACAUACUAUACUAACUACUGUAGAACUGCACUUAAAACUGCACAUAUGUACAAAACAUAGUCAAGUUCCGUCACUACAACAAAAUACUUUUCAUGUUGUUGUCUUGCCAGGAUCUGCUUUUAACACUUUGGGAGGCUGAUUUAAUUAUUUCUAUCAAUGACAGCUCCAUGUUCCGAUCUCAGUUCAAUAUAGCAUUAAAGACACAACCAGACCUCUUUAGUGACCUACUUACUUUACUCUGGUUUUUUUUUUUUUACUUGAUUCUUACUUGAAGUCCAUAACAUUUUGUGAUUGGCUUAUUCAUUUAUCACCAUAAUACCAAUGUCAUUACAGCGUAGAGUCCACGAAUGGGCCGCUGCAGGAUUUCUACACAAAGCAGUAAUCCUUUGGUGCUCAGUCCAUAUUUGUGGGGAUUUUGUACAAUUAUUCAAAUCCUAUUUGGCUUUCAGUGCUGCACUCAAAACAAGAAGCUGUUUUCUCUCAAAUCGUCUUACACAGAAGACAGAAAACCACUUUUUUUUUUGGUCACAUCAUUUUAAACGGUAAGCCUCUCGCCAGCUAGAGUGGAGUUAUGAAGAUGUAAACGCUUUAGUGAUCCGAAAGUAUCCUGGUAAAUAUGGUUUAGGCGUCAUAACUGAAACAUCCUGUAGGUAUCACUGAUAUCUUAAAGACAGAAAACGAUGAAGCGAUGUUGUUCACUGUGUAAAGGCUCAUUCUGAAACGGCAGUCAUGUUGUGUUACAUUUUUAUUGCAGGUUGUCUAUUUCCUAAUAUAUGUGUGUAUAUAUUUAUAUAUAAGCUUUAUAUGGGGGUUGGGUAUAAAAAUGUGAGAUUUUGUUUUUAUUUUUUAAUAGUUCACAAAUUGUAAAGAUGAAUAUUUGUUUAUAUUUAAUUCAUUCAACUUUCUGUUUGGUAAUAUGAAACUCAGAAGAUUACAUUAUAUUUUAUUUUCUCUAUGCAUCCAUUACUAAAAACAUUUGCAAUUUUGAGGGACAAAAUAAUAAUAAUAAAAAAAGCUUGACUAUUGAUCUAUUAGUAGUAGUGUUCCGAAGUGUUGUUGUUGUUUUUAAACAAUAUUGUUUUUUGUUUUUUUUUAUGAAAGUGUUUUAAAUAUGGCAUGGUAUGAUACAGUCUCAAUGUAUCACAAGAUACCAGGCUGAUUACUGUUAAAGAAUCACACACUUUAUUUUAAUUUUCAUUUUAACACCUUUGCCUUCACUCGCACUUUUAAAUGUGACCAUUAAAUUAUUAUUUUUUUAAACAUUAAUUACAUCUGACCAAGCUAUUUUGUUCUUAUGUUUUGUUUUUUUUUUGCAUUAAAUUCAGAUCAGUAAUAAUAUUUUCAUCUCAUUCACUAUCCUUAAUACAGACUACAGAGACAUUUCAUUACUGCUUUUCUAAUCGAUGUUUAUGUACUGUUGACUGAUCAUUCUGUAAUCUUUCUGAAUUUACUUUUUUAUUUUCUGUUGGAACAGUUACCUUUAUGUUUAUGUUUAUAAUCCCCCUGUCCGAUCGACAAAAAUAUAGCUGCCCAGCAAAGUUACCAAAGCUGAAGCUAGAAGGUCAUAAUUUACAUCGUGAUGCAUUAUAACAGGUCAUUACAGUACAGAAACACCAUUUGAGCAGCCUCCCUAAUAUUUACACUGACUGUUGACUGUUCAGUACAUUCUUAGCGCUUAAAAAAGAACUGCUGUGUAUAUUACAACUUAAAAAUAAAACACACAGACACACACACACACAAAUGUUUACAUAUUGUACAGAAAUAAAAUUUGGUGGUCUUAA